AUGAUGUACCGUGCGAUUGUUGAUAACUUGAAAAAAUAUCUGCUUCAGAAAAAUAAAUUCUUGAAAGAUUUACGUGUUCUAGAUCCUGCAGCAAGAACAGAAUUUGAUGCAACUGAUCAAAUGGUUCGUGUUGGAAGAGCAUUGCCAAACUUAUUAAGCGAUUCUGAAAUUGAUCGUAUUCGUCAUGUGUUCAUGAUGUAUGCAACUAAGACUAUUGAUAAAUCUUGGCAUAUCAAGAGUAAGUGUCAUGAUCCAGAUGGUAAUACUCAGAUAGAAUAUCAUCAUAUCGAUCAUUAUUGGAACAAGAUGCUAUCUUUAACAACUAAUGCUGGAUUGCCAAAAUAUCCGAUAUUGGCUAAAAUUGUCAAAAAUGUUCUCAUCGUAUCACAUGGAAAUUCGGAUGUUUAG